GGGCAUUUAAUUAACAGGCACGUUCCAAGAAACUGCAGCCUUCCCCUCCAGAAGACAAGCGAUUAAAAUAUCUCUAGACAUGAAAUUUCAUAGUACGUUCCGAUUUCCCAAUCCUUCUAUAUUUUGGUUUUGUUAUGAAGGGUGCAGAAGUUUCAAACGCAAGUUGAAAACUUCCCGUAAAGAAAAUCAUUUUACAUGAACAAAUGAAUUCCAGCGCAAUACCGUAAAGAGUGUCCAACCAAAGUUACAACAAGCGCAGUUCAAUCCUGAAGCUCUUCUAAUCUUAAUUGCAGAAUCCUCGUACAGUAUAUAAGGUCGCUGCGGUUGUAGCUUAUACAAAGAAAGAUGCUAGUCUCCAACCCGAAGAACGAGCGAAGCUCCCUACCUUUCUCUGUUGCUUUAGGUCUCAUUUUUCCUGUCGUUGGAAUUUCUUGGAUAUUUUGGAGAAGCAAGAAAAUGAAAAUCGCUAAUCUAAGACGGAAGUUGUUCGUGGAAAAUGGUGGACUGAUUUUAGAAAGAAUGCAAUUAAGAAGGAAAAGUUGUACAGUUUUCACAGCAGAAGAUCUCAGCAGGGCUACAGACAACUACAAUGAAAGUAGAGUCUUCCAUAGAGAUACGAAUGAACCAGUUUACAAAGGAACUUUACUUGAAGAUGGAGUAAACAGACUGAUCACCGUAAAGAAGUGUGAAAGAAUUGAUCCAAUGCCGAUUCAGGAUUUCAUUUGUAAAUUGGUCAAUUUUUCACGUAUAGACCACAUGAAUGUGGUAAAACUGAUUGGUUGUUGUUUAGAGACACCAGCUCCAUUACUGGUUUAUGAGUUCUAUGCCGAUAUAACAUUGUAUGAUUCUAUUCAUGAUGAGUUUUCUUUUCUUCCCUGGGAACGUCGCCUUCAGAUAGCCACUGAAACUGCAAAGUCCCUUUCAUACUUGCAUUCUGGUGGCAAAACACCAAUUACUCAUGGAGACAUCAAUAGCUCCAACAUACUACUGGACCAUGGUUACACGGUAAAAGUAUCGUCCCCUUCAUUCACAGGAUUGCCGGGUACAGACGGCGAAAGGAGUGAUGUGUAUAAUUUUGGUAUUAUACUAGCGGAGCUAUUGACUGGAGAUGAGGUGCUAAACUCUAACAGGCCAAGAGGAGAAGAAUUUUUGGCUGAAUAUUUCAUUUCUGCAUUCAGAGGAGGUCGCAUAGUUGAAAUUCUUGAAGAUCGUCUGCGGAUGGGGGAUAACAUCGAGCAGCUGAACGAAGUUUCUGUGCUGACAGAGAUGUGCUUAAGAGAACGAUAUGAGGAGAGGCCUACAAUGAUUCAAGUCGUAAUGAAGCUUGAAAUGUUAUAAGUCUGGAUCUCGAAGAUUAAGCAAGGUUUAAUCAUGGCGAAAAAUGCUUGGAUGGUCGUGGAAAGGAUCAGUAUUCCAGCUCAAGAUCAGAACUUUUUUUAUUUUUCCCAUAAAACUUUCCCAAGUAUUUCAGUCGUCUUUCUUUUAUUUUUCCCAUAAAACAAUGCCAGUUGGAAAAGACAAUAAUCAUAGUAUAACUGUUUCCAUUUGAGCCAAGGUUUUAGAUUUUUAUUAUGUAUUGUGUUUUAUUGUAGAAAACACGAAGUAUGUGUAAAACAAAUGAGGGCUAACAAUGUAAUUUGUACAGUAUUUUGGAGUGUGUAUAAAUACUAUUGUAAGCCCUAAAUCAAAAAGAGGAGAAUUAUAUAUGAAAUCUUGCAGAAAGAGAAAUAGUUCUGUUACUUCCU